CUAGACGUGCUUUAUUUUUAAUAAUGUAGCCUAAUUCAUCAGAUUUGUUUCUAAAAAUCCAUUUAGUUCCAAUAACAGUAAGGUUUACAGGUCUAGGUACCAGUUCCCAGACACUUAAUCUAAUGAAAUGAGACAAUUCUUCUUGCAUAGCAAGUAACCAUUCUUCAUCAAGUAUAACCUCUUUAUAAUUUUUAGGUUCAAGCAAGGAAACAAAGGCAUACUGACCUGGGAUGUGCUUAGCUCUAGUCUGGAUCGGAUCUGUAAGGUUACCUAUUAUUUGUGAAGGAGGGUGUCUCUUUCUGAUGUGAGCUGGUGCUUCAUGAUUUUCAGAGUUUUCAGCUGAAUCUGUCUCGAAGGGAAGUGCUGAUGAGUUUGGAUUAAUGCAGGUAGAUUCCACACUGUUGGAAGUGCUUCCUGUCUCAAGAGAAUUUCUAAGAGGCAGAAAGUCACAGUUAUUAAUAUCAGAAUGCAAAGGUAGGGAAGAUUGGGAAGAUUCAAAUCGAACAUGAACUGACUCUUCAACUUUUCUAGAUCUUCUAUUAAAACCUGUGUAUGCUUGACCUUUACUUGAGUAUCCAAGAAAAGUGGCAGCAUCAGACUUGGCAUCAAACUUUCCAAUUGAGUCCUUAGUAUUUAAAAGGAUUAAUUGCAAGGAUGGUCACUGGGUUUACUAAAACCGUUCAUGUUUGGUCACUGCAAAUAUUUAAUUUCAUUCAUGGUCACUAAGAUUAGUUCAAUAGUUCAAGUUUGGUCACUCUCCGUUAGUAUCCGUUAGUUUUUGCUGAUGUGACAGUCAACUAUUAUAGUUGACCGUUAAAUGAGUGACAGUCAACUAUUAUAGUUGACCGUUAAAUGAGUGACGUGGCCAUUAAAAAAUAAAAAAAAUUAAAAAAUUAAAUAUUUACAAUUUCCACCUCAUUUUACAACUAUUAAAAAAUAAAUAUAAAAAUUAAAACUUACCUCCAUAGAUUCACAAUUUCGUUUUUCAUAUCCUUUCUCCUUGCUUGCUUAUGUUUUGUUUUUUCUCUUCUUUAAUUUUACCCCCAAAUUGAUUGAAAUAGACGAAGCAGUAAGAAACCCUAACUAGCUAAGAGCAAUCCAUCCAAACCAACGAGCCAACAUCCGAUGCAAUUGAGAUAAAAAAAAAAAAAAAACCAGAAGAUGGAUUCGGCUCUACUAAAGUAGAGCAAAUCGAGUCGAGAAGAUGGGAAAGGAUUGUGCAAUUGAUGAAGUGAAUUACCAGGAAUCCGUAGAGUACUCGAAGAGCUUCCCCUUGGUGGAGAAGACGAUAAGAGCCACUUCCGCGUCGCACAGAACAGAGAUCUCAUGCGCCUUCUUCAGCAGACCGGACCGCCGCUUCGAGAACGUCACCUGCCUGUUGAUCUUGUUCUCUAUCCUCUGCAGCUGCACUCUCCCUCUCCCCAUUCUCUGCUCUGUCUGCCUUCCCGAUCCAGUCGGAUUGAUCAAGCUCCACCACACCAGAUCAAAGGCCGAGCAGUUCAGCAGAUGUAUGUAGAUCGAUCGACAGACCUCCUCAAACCGCCUCUCUCUCUCUCUCUGCUAAUUCCUUCCUUCCUUCCGCUUCUCCAAUGGCCUUCCCCUUCUUGUUUUAGUUCUCUAUGCUGUGUUUGGCGGACACAUCGCUAGCCACCACGCCGGGAGCACUGCUCGAUUCCGUUGUGUUCAAAGGUUCGGUUUGGAAUUGGUAGUCGUAGUAGGGUAAGCAGACAACAGAUGAGGAAGUAAGAGUGGGAGGGGCUGCCGGUGGCAGCUGGAAAGAGGAGCAAUUAAUGAAUUUUUUUGGG